UUGGUAUUUUUAGCAAUGAUCGACAGUUUAGGUGGGCCCGUACGUGUAAAUAACUUCCUGGCUGCAUUGAACCUGAAGCCGAUUAGUAACAAAAACCUAAAGACCAUGGAGAGACGGGCUGGAAACAUUGUUGAACAUGUGGCCGACAUGUCAACUCGCGAGGCAGCCAAGGAUGCCUUCCAUCAAGAAAUGAAGGAAGUGGCUGAGUCCAAGAGAGCUGCUGACAGGAUGGAAGGCCUUAUCGAAGAUCUUGGUGUAUGUCCACUUCCAGAUGUCUCCCCUAAACUAAAAUUGAUGUUACAACCUGACAACCAGGUGGAUGAUGAUUGGACUGAUAUAGAUGAGGAUAAUGAUGAAACUGAUGAUGUGAGACGCUCCUCUGCUUUUAAAAGGAGACGUUAUCAAGUUAUAAAACAUAAAAAAAACAUCCAAUGCUGUCUCGGGCACAGAAAACACCAUCAAGUCGAGUGUGUCUGGCAUCGAAGUUCCCUUGUCACUCUAGAACAGGAAUGUCUUGUGCGGUAGAUACUGCCUGGCACAAACGUGGCUUUGACAGCUUGACUUCUCACACCUUCUUCAUGAGCAAGGCACAGUAUGGAAAGAAAGUAGUGAAAGCAGUCGUUAGUCAUCGGACAUGCGGAGUUUGCAAAUGGUGGAAAAGGAAUAGACCUUCAGAGAUCAUCGUUGUGUUCAUGAUCACACAGGAAGUGUCAGGCUUAUGG